AUGUUAUUGGUCGAAGAUGUGGAGGAACGGUCUGAGCAUCGGCUCGUGUGUUACUUGCCACAUCAUCCGGUCAUCAAGGAGACCAGCACGACAACAAAGAUUCGACCAGUGUUCGAUGGAUCAGCCAAGACAACCAGUAAUUAUUCCCUUAACAAUGCACUGAUGACGGGACCGGUUAUUCAGGAUCAACUAAUUGAUCUGAUCUUACGUUUCCGCAAGCACAUCGUAGCGUUAGUCGCAGACAUCGAAAAGAUGUACCUACAGGUGAAGGUGCAUUCGGACGACUGUCCACUCCAACGCAUUCUCUGGCGGUUCUCUCCAUCCGAUCCGAUAAAGACUUACGAGUUACAACGGGUAACAUUUGGUUUGGCGCCCUCUUCUUUCCUCGCUACUCGAUCACUCCAGCAGUUGGCGGAAGAUGAAGGCGAUGCGUUCCCACGAUCGAAAGCGGCGCUCGUCGACGAUUUCUAUAUAGACGAUUACAUCGGAGGCGCUGAUUCUGUGGAAGAAGCGGUAUUACUGAGACAGGAACUUGAGCAGUUGUUACCAAAAGGUGGUUUUCGAUUGCGCAAAUGGAAUUCCAGUACGGAAGGCGUGCUGGAAGGCGUAUCUGCAGAAGAUUUAGGAACGCAAACUACAUUGGUGCUCGACAAGGAAGAGCAAGUGAAGGCGCUAGGUGUCAUUUGGAAACCGGGGCCGGAUGUACUUGGUAUCGACGUCUCCACAUCUAGCAUAAUCGGUUGCUGGACUAGGCGACAGGUGUAUUCGGUCAUUGCACGACUUUUCGACCCACUCGGACUCAUUGGUCCAGUCAUAACAUGGGCCAAGGUUCGGAUGCAGCAGCUCUGGGUGGCUACCCAAGAUUGGGACGAGCCACUUUCACAGGAAUUAACGGAACGGUGGGCUCAAUUCUACGAACAACUUCCUCUCCUCUCUAAUGUGAAGGUGAAUCGUUUCGCCUUCUGCUCGCAGCCAUACCUGGUGCAGUUUCACAUCUUCUCAGAUGCGUCGGAGGCGGCGUAUGGGGCGUAUAUUUAUGCUCGAACGAUUAGUCAAACGGGACUGAUCAAGGUGGAGUUAUUGUCAUCAAAAUCAUGA